AUGGACCAGGUCCACAGCACAUUUCGUGAUCUUGAAGAAUCGAAUAUUCUUUGCCCUUACAUGAAUGAUGCCAUAAAUGAGAUGUCUAAAGCAUGCCAAGCCUUUGAGGCAAAGGAAUCAGCACCUCCAAUUGCUGUUACUGCCUUGCGGACGCUGCAGUCUGAGAUUACAAAAAUUUACAUACUACGGCUGUGUUCGUGGAUGCGGACAUCAGCAGAAGAGAUAACAAAAGGUGAAUCAUGGGUUGUGGUAUCUAUUCUUGAAAGAAACAAAUCUCCGUACACCAUCUCUUCUUUGCCUCUGGUGUUUCGUUCAAUUAUGGCCUCAGUGAUGGAUCAGAUAAAUUUGUAAGUUUCUGCAGCAUACUGUGUACAGUCUGUAAUGUCUUUUAAAUCAAUUUCCUAGCUCAAAUGACUUUAUUUCAUGUUAAAAAGUGGUGUAGUUUGGGCCAUGACAUCUUUAAAAUAAAGAAAAUAAAUGAAUAGACAGACUUCAAGCCCAAGAAAGUGGAUUGCCACUUGGACUUUAGACGAGGCUGCGAGAAGCCUUCUUAGCCAACAUGGCAGCCAUUUUUUCGUCUUUGUUUUCCGCCUUUUGAGAAGGUGGGUGAUUUACCAGCGUAACUCUUAAGGGUCCUCCUCUUUGGAUUCUGCCUACUUCAUUAGAGCAGUGGAUGCCACGGUUCUUAGCUGUUGAUGCCAUAGUCAGGGGUUCUUGAUGCACCCUAUUUGAUAUGGCAGUUUAUCAAUAUUAGUUAAUCAAGAAUUACUAGAAGUAUUGCUGAAUCUUGCGGUCUUUCAAACUUUGCUAUUUCCCGAAGUUUUAGGAAAGGAGUUCAAGGCUUUGAAUGUAACCAUCUUAGGUAGGGUUUUGUUUUAGUAAUUUUGUCAUAGUUUUUGGGUUUUUAAAAUGCACAAGCAUAGGCCUUGAGGUUGUUAAGUUAUGUAAUUGCGCCUUUUUCAGCUAUUUUUUGGGUAGUGUGGAUAGAGAGGAACCAUAUAAUCUUUGAAGGAAAGUAGGAGGAAAAGGAAUUAUUAUGGAAUAUAGGGAAGUUUUUGGCAUCUUUAUGGGCUGUGGCCCUGUGGAUACCAAUGAGUUUUGGGAUAUUCUUCUAUUAUCUCUCAAAC